AUGGAUGCUGGCGGAGCUUGGAAAUGGAGCUUCGCAGCGGGCUUUGCCGAAUCUGACUUCUGCAAACGCCCUGCCAGCCAGGCCCUGGAGGAAGGAAACCUUGGAAGACAUGGACGGCCGGGCCUUUACUGGGUGCAUGUGCCUGUUCUGCGUCUGCGCGUGAUGGCCUUGUCCCGUUGCUGGUGUGUGUUUGUCGAUUUCUCAUUUUCCAAGUGGGUGGUCCGCCGGCAAGUCGACCGACCCUCAUUCCCCUGCGCUUCAUCUCUUGUCCCUCUUUGGCGCGCGCGCUGCAUCCACUCGCGAGCGCUCAAGGUUGGACCUGCUGCAGACAAAAACAACCCUCUCCCCUCUCCCCCGAUUAUCAGCCUUCUCUCGUCCGCCCGCAAGCAAGCCCUCGUGCCCGCCGACCAGCCUGUUCCCACUCCGUGUGCCACCGCACAUCUCCAUACCGUCCUUGGCCCGCCCCUGCAUCCCGCCGUCGCCGUCGCCGUCGCCGUCGCCGUCACCGUCACCGUUGUAGUGUUGUGCACCACGCAGGGAGCGCGCUACCGCUUCCGAUCCGACAGGCCUGGCGAGUGCCAGCGAGUGCAAACCGCUGUCAGAGUACUCUACCUACAGCCCGACCCAGUUUUGAUGAGCGGCUCCCAGUCUCCCCCCGCCGCCAUGGAGCACGAUGACUACUUCAGUACCGCCCAACUCGACGACCAGCACCCUUCGGUCGCCCACAUCGACGACUCUGACACCGACAUGGCCGCCUCAGCCUCUUCCUCGCGAGCCGUCAUGUUUAGCUCGUCGGCCGCCCACGCCCACGCUCAUUCCCAUGCCCAUGCCCACACCCACACCCAUACCCACAUGCAUGCCCGCAAACCAAGCAGAAUGUCGCGGUCAGGAGCACCGCGGCCCAUCAUCACCCCGACCAGUCCACUGUCCUCGACCAUACCACACAACCUCCUCCCCUCCGCCCCGGCUUCACCGCCCACCCCAGCGCCUAGUCCGACACCCACACAGCGAGUACCAGACUGGAGCACGGCAGCCGAACAUGAAGACUCACACAUCAAGAACAUACGGGCCAACUUCAGCGACAUGAACCGGGCGGAGCGGUUGCGGCUGCUCGGGGAACUGCUCAAUCUGUGUGACAGCCAGGAACUCAGCUUUGUGGCUGAAUUCGUCAGCCCCAGACUAAAAAAGGAUCCUUUCAUGGAACUGCCUACUGAGCUCUGCUUAAGAAUUCUGGAAUGCGUCGACGAUCCUACCACACUUGCUCGGGCAUCGCAGGUAUCCAAGAAAUGGAGGGAAUUAGUCAACGACGACGGUGCAUGGCGGUUGCUCUGUCAAAAGUACUCUUUCCGGUCGCUGACGAGGGAGAUGGACGAGGACAGCCCGGGAGGAAUGGAGGAUGCAGAGUCACCAUGGUGGCAGGAAGACGACCGCACAUCGAGAACCGACGAUGCGCCAAGUCGAGAUCAGCUCGAGGUCGCCCGGUCGCAGUCGCAGUUGCAUGCUGAGGGGCUUCGAACACAGAGCCUCGAUCGCGAGGCAAAGCGCAAGACAGCAUUCCGCAGGCCUACCACGUACCGCUCUCACUUCAAACAGCGGUAUAUGGUGGAAACCGCGUGGCGGAACGGAGGAGUCUGUGACGCCCGGCAAAUCACUCCAGACCAGGGUGUUGUGACGAGCUUACACCUGACCAGAAAAUACAUUGUAGUUGCGCUCGACAAUGCAAAGAUUCACGUUUUUGACACUGUAGGCGACCACCAAAAGACACUGCAAGGGCAUGUCAUGGGCGUUUGGGCAAUGGUGCCUUGGGGUGAUCUCCUGGUCAGUGGAGGCUGCGACCGCGAUGUUCGAGUUUGGAACCUUGCCACCGGCUUUCCCCAAUUCACGUUACGCGGACACACAUCAACAGUGCGGUGUUUGAAAAUGUCAGACUCGAAUACAGCGAUAUCUGGCUCCCGAGACACGACGCUGAGGAUAUGGGAUCUUACAAAGGGUUUGUGCAAACAUGUUCUUAUAGGCCAUCAGGCUAGCGUCCGAUGUCUCGAGAUAUACGGCGACAUUGUUGUAUCUGGCAGCUACGACACAACCGCGAAGAUUUGGAGCAUCUCCGAGGGUAAAUGCCUUCGAACCCUCACCGGACACUUUAGCCAAAUCUACGCAAUCGCCUUUGAUGGGAAGAAGAUUGCAACAGGCAGUCUGGACACGAGUGUGCGGAUAUGGGAUCCGAACGAUGGAAAAUGCCUAGCCGUCCUACAAGGCCACACUUCCCUUGUCGGCCAGCUUCAGAUGCGCGAAGACAUCCUCGUCACGGGCGGGUCGGAUGGCUCGGUCCGCGUCUGGAGUCUGGCCAACUACCAGGCUGUCCACCGACUGGCCGCACACGACAACAGUGUCACCAGCCUGCAGUUUGACAAUACGCGGAUUGUCAGCGGCGGCAGCGACGGCCGCGUCAAAGUCUGGGACCUGAAGACGGGCACGCUCGUGCGUGAACUUAGUAGCCCCGCCGAGGCGGUCUGGCGCGUCGUCUUUGAGGAGGAAAAGGCAGUCAUCAUGGCCAGCAGAGGCGGCCGUACCAUCAUGGAGGUCUGGGACUUUUCCCCUCCCCCAGAAUCCGAUCUCGACUCGCGUGCUCCCAGCCCGGCUAGCAUGCCAGAUCAUCUCGAUGUAGAAUAUAAUCGUCCGCGCUCGGCUAUCUUACCCGUCACUUCCCCGCUCGUUCAACACCAUGGUGUUGGCGACGUUACCAUGGGUGAGGCGGGCGAGUCAUGA